AUGGUUUCCUUGCAACAAAGAUCAAGACCUAUCGCUAAGAACGUUGGUCGUCUCACCCGCACCCAACUCUACACCAAGCGUGGUCUCUUCAAGGGUCAAAAGAAGGGUGUUGCUCCUCAAAAGGAGGCUCAAGCUGAGUCCAAGACCAAGACCGUUGGUGGCGCGAAGAACGGUGGUCAACGUCAAGUCCCAACCACCAAGGCUCGCGCUUUCUACCCAUCUGAGGAUGUUGCCGUUCCAACCAAGGCACGUAAGGCCCAACGUCCAACCAAGCUGCGUGAAUCUAUCACCCCGGGAACCGUCUUGAUCUUAUUGGCUGGUCGCUUCAGAGGAAAGAGAGUCGUCUUCCUCAAGCAACUCAACUCUGGUCUCUUGCUCGUCACUGGUCCUUUCAAGGUCAACGGUGUCCCUCUCCGUCGCGUUAACCAAGCCUACGUUAUCGCUACCUCUACCAAGGUCAACGUUGGUGCUGUUGACUCAUCAAAGCUCAACGACGCUUACUUCGCUAAGCCAGCCGUCAAGAACGCCACCAAGGAAGAGGCAUUCUUCGGUGACAAGGUUGAGAAGAAGCAGUACCCUGCUGAGAAGGCCCAAGAGCAAAAGAAUGUCGACAAGGCCAUCCUUGCUGAGAUCAAGAAGGUCGACGGUCUCACCAAGUACCUCAACGCUUCAUUCGGUCUCUCACGUGGUGAAUUCCCACACGAACUCAAGUUCUAA